AUGACAGUGGUACCCAUGUGGGAAAAUGGGCUACAAGGAGCCAGGCUGGAGGGCAGAAGGAGGGAUGGCUGCAGUCAAGGGACCCGGAGCGAGCAGUGGCAGGUGCAGUGUCAGGAGGCGGAGGCUGAGCGAGGCCCGCUGGGAAAUGGGCGGCCGAGCUGCAUCCGCGCGAGACAGGGCUCGGCGGCGCAGGCAGGGGCUCCACCAUACAGCGGAGUGCACUUGCGGGGUCCUCCCGGGCAGCCCCUGGGCAUGGCCUGGAACGGAAGCGACGGCGCGAAGGGCGCGCGGGAGCCGUGGGCCGAGAUGGCGCUACGACGCUGCUCCGCGUUCCCCCUGGGGGCGCUGGUGCCGGUGACUGCGGUGUGCCUCGGCCUGUUCGCCGUCGGGAUGAGCCGCGACGUGGUGACAGUGCUGCUGAUUGGGCGUGGCCGGGACAUGCGGACCGCCACCAACCUGCACCUGGGCAGCAUGGCGGUGUCCGACAUGCUCAUCCUGCUGGGCCUGCCGUUCAACCUGUACCGCCUGUGGCGCUCGCAGCCCUGGAUGUUCGGUUCUCUGUUCUACAGCCUGCAGCUCUACUUGAGCGAGGGCUGCACGUACGCCACACAGCUGCACAUGACAGCGCUCAGCGUCGAGCGUUACCUGGCCGUCUGCUGCCCGCUGCCCGCCCGGGCCCUGCUCACCCGGCGCCGCGUCCGCGCUCUCACCACCGCGCUCUGGGCGGUGGCGCUGCUCUAGGCCGGGCCCUUCUUCCUGGUGGGCGUGGAGCAGGAUGUCCUCCCCGGCUUCUCCGUGGACCCGGACCCGAACGGCACCUGGGGAACCAGCCCCUCGCCCGGGGUCCCGCCGCCUCCCCUGGGGCCCUCGCCACCCCCGCAGUCCCUGCCGUCGGGGCCGGAGGCUGCCGCUGCUGCUGAGCUGUUCAGCCCCGAGUUCCGCCCAAGCCACGUGCACCUGGAGGCGCUGCGGAUCACCGCCUACUUCCUGCCCUUCCUGUACCUCAAUCUCUAUGGGCUCGUCGGGAGGGAGCUGUGGACGAGCUGGGAUCCACUGCAAGACCUGACUGCGCUAGGGAGGGAAAGGGGCCACCCGCAGACCGUCAGGGUCCUGAUGGUGGUGGUUCUGGCGUUUAUUGUUUGCUGGUUGCCUUUACAUGUGGGCAGAAUCAUUUACAUAAACACAGAAAACUCCCAGAUGAUGUACUUCUCUCAGUACUUUAACAUUGUCACUCUGCAACUCUUGAGUGCAUCCAACCCAAUCCUCUACAACCUCAUCUCCAAGAAGUACAGAGCUGUCUGCAAACUGCUGCUGGCAAGACAGUCCAGGCUGAGGGGCUUCUGUAGCCGUGGGGACACUAGGAAGACCCCAGGAGGAGACACUGCUGGCUACACAGAGACAAGUGCUAGAGGAUGGCCUAACUAGCAUGGGAAGCUAGUGCUGACUGGGGGCUUCAGGUCUAGCAUUAUGGAAUCCCACCUCACAGAAUGGAUCCCAGCGGGGUUUAGUAGCUCUUCAUUCAUUCUCCAGUUCUUUAGGAAUAUGAUUGUUCACUUAAUAGUUAAGUGAUGCGGAAAGACGCUGCAUAA